CCCUCCCCGCCAAGUAUCCCGAAGACCUCAAAAUAGGACCUCAAAGUAAGGUACAUUGGCAAAACAAUCAGACAUAUUUCGUUUUCGUUUUGUUUUCUUUUUCACGGAUCGUUGACCAAGAAGCCAAAAACACGAGAGAAUGUAAUGGUACGUUCUGUUUUCUUUCUAAUUUACAAAGGCCAUGACCCUUUUGGUCAGCUACAAGAGGGUGUCUCCGUAUGGCCAAAUCGGGUGUGUCAGAUGGAUUUUUCACGCUGCCAGUAUAUGCAGGCACUUCUUUCUUUCGAGGUCAGCUUGAGGGAAUUUUCGUGUUGGCUGAGCGGCGAAGCCGUGGCAACUGCUCACGGCUUCGAACUACUUUUCGCUUAUUGGCUGCCGAAACCGAAAUAAACUGUCCCUGCAAGCAAUGGGCUCGCGUGCGAACCGAAAACAAACGAUAGGUCACGCGAAGGCGUGACGACGUAUUUUUUAAUGCCAGUCACGAGUUGGUUUGACCUAUUGUAGCUAAUGGAUAUCGGAACCUGAAACUUCAAUUAUUUUAGUUGAUGUCAACUUCAAAGCGCUUUCUCUUUCACAUGUGGAAAACGUACGAUCUCCCUUUUGCUGCAUUUUGAGAGAUUUGACAGAUUUGUUUCGGAAAUGCCAGGCUACAACUUGGACGCCGUCCUUUCAGUACUUAACUUGGUUUGGAUCUUCAUCGGUUUCGAAUCGACAGCUGUUCGGAUCGGAAUUUCGAAAAUAACUGGGAAAGAUAACUUGUCAUGCUUGGUUUCUAAUGCAGCAAGGCCCUGUGGAUCGGUAACAUUCGCUUUGUUUGCCACAGAGGACAGCAGAAACCGCAAUGAAACAAACUUCACUUUUUCAAUCGAGGAUCAAGUUUACGACUUGGAGGAACGGGUCAAAAUCAUUCAAACAAGUCCUUACAAAAACAUUAUUCUAAACUCAAAUCACUCAACUGGAUCUAUUAUUAACUGCACGAAUAUCUCGGCUGGAUUUGAGAUAGGAUCACGUCAUGAUCUCACCAAUAAAACACGAAACAUCAGCUUUGUAAACCUUGGAUUCCAAAACUGUGGUCCUCGUUUCGCUGCUGCCGUGAUCAUAUGGAACUCUGAUGAAAUAAACUUCAUGAAUUGCGUGUUUAAAGAUAACAAGCAGGCUGGGAUAAAUGGCUUUGACAGCGGGGUUGCAAUCGACAGCUGCCUUUUCAUGAAUAAUACAUCCAAUAGGCAAAAUUCUAGUGAAAAGUUUCAAGACGGUAUUACAACUGCGGCUGGAGGCGCGGGUUUUUUGUUCCGUAAAGCUGUAAAUCUUUCUAUAAUAAUCAGAAGUUCUAACUUCACAUUAAAUUCUGCCGUGACGAAUAAGUCGACACAUUUCGUUGCACCUUCCUCAAAUGUAUCCCAUUUCACUAGCACAGGCGGAGGCCUUCUUACCGUUUUUCUAGAAAAAACCGAUCAAUGUCGCGUUGUGAUAGAAGACAGUAUUUUUUCGAACAAUUCAGCAACUUAUGGAGGAGGGGUUUACUUCGCCAACACUAACAUGGCGUCAAGAAACAACUACUCCAUAAGGACCUCAAGAUUUUUAAAGAACAUAGCUGGACAAACCGGAGGGGGAUUGAUAUUUUCCCAGUGGGACAAUGCGUCAAGUAUCACCACCAUCUUCAAAAACUGCACAGUCAGCGAAAACCAGUCUAAGAGAGGCGCCGGGAUGAAUGUCUUCUUAAUGAACUACGAUGGAACAGCGAACGACUCUGUGUUGCACUUUGACACUGUUGUGUUCAGCAACAAUCUUGGUAGUGCCAGCACGGCUAUUCGCUUCACCACGGCUCUGCCGUACGGCAGAACGGUGGAUGUGACCCCGGAGUUUAUCAAUUGCACCAUAGCGGACCAUGAUAUGUCAAGGUUCGCGCGCACCAGCCCUUUCACAAGUCAACGGGUUAAUGUGAAGUUUAGAGGAAGAAAUGUUUUUAUGCGCAACAACGGAGGUGGUGCCGCCGGGUUUCAGGAUUGCGUUAUAAACGUUCAAGGACAGUUGGUUUUUACCAACAACUCAGGAACGAAUGGAGGCGCAGUGCUUUUGGAAUCAAGUCAGAUUAUUCUAUACCCUGACAGCGAGCUGAUGUUCUUAGGAAAUAAAGCGAGGGGUCUGGGUGGAGCCAUUUUUGUGAAGGAAUACACGAUGGACGAGUUUAUACACGAGAAAAAUCCCGACUGUUUUCUGGCAUACCGCGAUCCCCAUGAGCCACCAUCUAAAUGGAAGACCAACAUAUCCUUCAUCGAGAAUAGCAGUAACCUUAAAGGAGCCGCAAUUUUUGUGUCAUCUCUUCAGAGGUGUGUGUGGACAGAGGAGUUUCCAUAUCACGAUCCCAGUAAAGCUCUUCGCUGGUCCAGAAAUUUUGUGUACAAGAACAACUCGAUUAUUUUUGAUGGUGGUGGGGAAGCUCUGUCGGGAUCAGAAUACGAUAUUGCCACGGACACCAAACGUUUCCACUUGUCUACAGAAGAUAAUUCUACUGUAAAACUCGCUCCUGGCCAAAACUUUCUUCUGAAUCUGCAUGCUGUUGAUGAACUUGGACACAAUGUUUACGCCAUUGCUUUCGCAUCAGAAGCCGACAACGUAGACGUCAACAGCACGUCGAAGCUCCUGCUACAAAACAUACUGUAUGCACUCUCGCCCAACAGUUCAAGUAGUGUUCCGUUCUCUUUCCAAGUUCCUGAGGCAUUGUACAACAAGACACACCGCAGAAAAGACAAGGACAAGCGUAAGAUUCAAUUCGUUGAUUUCUUCUCCACGCUGCAGAAUGGAUAUUCCUUUGAAUUGGAGCUGCAGCCGUGUCGUCCGGGAUUCUUUUACUCUGCUGAUUCAAAAACGUGCAAGUGUAAUAAAGAACUGGCUGGUAUUAUGAGAUGUGAGAAUGGCGGAACAAUCUACCUGAAGGAGGGGUACUGGGCUGGCAUCACUGACGACGGUACCUUAGUCACAUACUUCUGUCCAUAUAAGUACUGCAAUUGUACACGUGCACCCGGGGACUUCCCAGGGUGCUUAUAUGACCCAGACAACAGUGAUAAACAGUGCUCUAAAAAUCGCGCGGGAUGGCUGUGUGGAAAAUGCUCCAGGAAUACUAGUGUUGGGUUAAGGUGGUCUGAGUGCGUUAGUUGCACCGGGUCUGGAUGGGUGCUGGCUGUUGUCAUUCCUGUUGUGGUUAUCUUGUGCAUUCUCAUCAUCUGGCUCAAUCCUGGCAUAUCUAGCGAGUUAAGAGGGCCCCUGUUUUUCUUUCAAGUACUCCCCUUCAUUUUCGAUCCCGUCAGCCACUUAGGAGGACAUGUUUUUCUUUUAGCAGAUCUCUUCAACUUUGGAGGUCCGUUGAUCUAUCUCUCUAAGACAUGUAUCAUAAAAGGAAUAAAUAACCUUUACACCAUCGCCUUUGGAUACGCUGUUCCAGUCCUCGCUCUUUCGAUCUUCUUGUUGGCCUACGUGUUAAGCGCCAAUUAUUGCCUGAGAUUUAACUUUCGUCGAAACUCGAUGCUGCGGUCAUUUUGGCUUCUCCUUGUAUUUAUUUACAACUACUUCGUGGAAACGUCGUUUGUGAUCCUGUUUUGCCCAAAGGUUGGUGAUAAACACGUGUUCUUCUAUGACGGCACGAUGGAGUGUUUCCAUGGUAAUCAUCUACCAAUGGCAGUAAUCGCUAUUCUCGUGCUUGUGUUACUGGUGAUCCCUCCGCCAAUCAUGGUGUUUCUGUUAACCAAUGGCUACUGGAGGGUUGAUCCUCAAUAUUUAAACACACUGACAAGCGGCUUGCGCCCCGAGUGCCGUUGGUGGUGGUCAGUGGAUUUAUGUCGUAGAGUCCUCCUGGUCGCCAUUUAUGCAUUCGUUCCAAACUGGCAAACUAAAAAGAUACUGAUGGUUUUCAUGUGUGUCCUGAUCUUGGCCGUGCAUAGUAACUGUCAGCCUUACAUUCGCGCACGAGUCAACGUCGCGGAAUCCGUGUAUCUGCUAGUCCUAUGUACAUUGUCAAUCAUGCAAAUCACGGACAACGAACCAACCAAAUACUAUGUCUGCCUGGUUCUGUUGGUCAUCUUGGCUUGUCACACCCUUGUGGUAACUGUUUAUAAGGGCAGUCGCUUUUUCCAAAGGCGUUUUGACUGCGCAUGCGUUCAGAUUAAUGCAGCGACAAGGCGUCAAGGGUAUAACGAAUUAGAGGGGACGGAUAUCGACCACAGCCUUUCAACUGAGACGGAAAGACAGAGGAAGAUCCUGGACACAAUCUUCGAUUCAUCUGAAGAAGGCUCGGAGCAUGGUUCAGAUUCAAGGUGAAGAGCAACACAGUGAAGCCCGAGUCUCGUAGACCUGCCUCGAUUCACUCCUAGAAAAGAAUAGUCCAAAAUAUUGAAAGCAUAGGGAAGAAAUUAGGUUAGCAUAAUUGAUAGUUAAGUGCCAAGAAAAGGUUGAUAAAAGACAAGUACGAAGUAACAUAAAAAUCACAACAGAAAGUCUCGAGGGUCGACUCCCGAUCUUUUGAAUUUUUGGAUCAGGAAAAAAGCACUGAAGUAUACGUUACUGAGUCAAAGGGCAAAGUAUGCCUCACCAAAAAUCACUGGAGCCCAGACUCUCCGCGAAGACGUCUUCUGUUUUCUCAUUGCUAAGUUGAUGAGCGAGGAAAAAAAACGCGAUGAUGAUCGCGAGCGAGCGAGGUUUUAUCUGCUUUUAGAAGAAUUCGUCUAGUGUCCAGAUGUAAAUGCCGCAAUUUGAUUGGUUGAGCCACCGUAUACUACCAGCCAUUUAAGUGCAGUGGAGGUUGUCUAAAACUAGCGAAAUUGUUUUGUUGUUAUUUUUUUUCUAAACCUUCGGAGGAAGAUUUAGAACAAAUGGCAAUUUAAUCCCUGAGAAGACUAAAAGAAGGAUAUCCACUUCUCGACUUAAAAAACUCGAAAUUAUUGACGAAAUGGUGACGCGCGAACGCAGAUAAUUGUAACUCUUUAUCUGAAGGGAUUUUAGUUAGAAUUCUAGUAAAACAAUAAGAUUAUUCGCUCUCGAUUUUUAUGAAAUCGAUCAUCGAUCUCAACAACUAUCUUCUCAUUUUUUUAAAUUGAUUUUUUUUUUACUGAUUGUCAUACACACUGGAUACAACAACUAUCUCCUCAUACCAAAUUUUUUAGAACAUUAGUUUUAAGAAUAAACCCGAGGUUGAGAUUUUGAAAAUAAUA